UUCCGCCGACAGUUUCGUGUGUUAGCUUAGCAGGCACGGUAGCUAACUAGCUGCUAAUGCAGUCCCUUAAUGACAGUGCUUUUCAAUUAUUUGGGAGGUCGUAUCUAAAAUGAAUGCGACACGUUUAACGUCUGGUUUAGCUAUUUAAAAAACAUAAUAUUGUAUCGCGUAAGAUACUUCAAGUUGUAUUAGUUAGCCACCUGCUAGCAAGCGUUUACUAACGUAAUUAAGACUAACGUUAUUUAGACUAACGGUACACUAUGGCAAGUGCAGCAAGCGCAAAUCUAAACGCAGUCCGGGAGACCAUGGACGUGCUCCUCGAGAUCUCCAGGUUGCUGAACACAGGUUUGGACAUGGAGUCUCUGUCGAUAUGUGUGAGGCUGUGUGAGCAAGGCAUCAACCCAGAAGCUUUGUCUGCAGUCAUCAAAGAGCUGCGUAAAGCUUCUGAAACCCUCAAGGCUCCUGAAAACUGCACUAACUGAAGAUGCAGCCCGAUCGUCUCAGUUUGAACUCUAAUGGGAUCAAGCCCCAUUCCUGGAUCUGUACCUACGACGGGCUCUCCAGCCAAUCAGAUAUGCCUGUGUGUCGGCACUGUGUCCUCUGUGCUUUGACUUGUGUCUUGAGUUGUUGUGUGGAGGUAUCAACCUCGGUCCUCUUCCUAAACACAAAUCUUCUCCCGACAUUAGGGCAUGCUCGGCCAUUCUGCCUCAUAUUUGCUUGCAAGUUUCUCCUCCGGCCAUUUAUAAAGUGGAAGAUCAGAAUGGUUUUAGCAUUGACAUCCUGCCUCAAUUUAAGAGCAUACUUUCAAUUUCUGAUAGUCAACUUGUGUUGCACUUUUCAUGAGAAUUUUUUUUAAUGAUGUUGUGAAAUAUCAUUUGCUAUAAAUUGUAUUUUAAUUUUGUGUAUGCAUAAUGCAUUUUUUGACUUAAACCUUUUGAUAUUUCCAUUGUCUGCUCAAUUAAGCAUCAAUGAUGGCUCAAAGUCUAAAUUAAAAUGUUGCUGUCAAUGACCACAAGGUGGUGUUGUGUCAUUCUUAUUCUUAUCUGAGACAUAGGUGUUUAUUAGGCGUUAUGUUUUAAUUCUGUGUUUCCACUCUCACAGUUUCCCUGAUGUCUGAGAGCAGUGAAAUACUGAGACUUCAUCGGGUACUUUUCAAAUAAUAGUUUCCUUAUUUAACGUGAUGUCUUUUUUCCUAUGCGGCCUUGAUCCCAUUGUAGAACAACAAAGCAUUUUUCCCCAGUGAUGUAAUUCUUAAUGGCUUUCAAAUGGGACUUGAAAUUUUCUGAAGGAUUGUGCAAAGGAAAUGAUCUUUCCUGUCACACUAGGUGAAAGGGAAAAAGAUACAAACACGGCGCAUGCAGGGGUGAUCACAUCAAAAUGUACAAAAGACAUGAACAAGGGUCAUUCUUUACAGCAGGAUGUCCUGUUGAUCUUAAAUCUUACCCCCUUAAUGUCUAUCAACACACACACAAAAAAAUAAUUUGAGAUUUAUUGCAAACUUUACAAAAAAAACGUGUCUUUGAUCAAGCAGAAAUGAA